AUUUUUCACUGGAAAAGUUUGAAAUUUCACUAUGACGAGCUCCUAACUUUCGUCUUUUUCUUCUAGAAGUUUCACAAUUGUCCCUUCAGAAGUUUUCCAGAAAAAUACUAAAAUGUAAAAGAGUGCAAUUUUGCUAAAUUUAGAUUUUGCAAGUAGAUUUCCAAUAAUUUUCUAUUAUGUUAUUUUUCACAGGAAAAUUUUGAAAUUUUACUAUGAUGAGCUCCUAACUUUCCUCUUUUUUCUUCUAAAAGUUUCACAAUUUUCCCUUUAGCAGUUUUCCAGAAAAAUAAUAGAAUAUGCAUUUUUGCAUCACCAAAAACAUACUCUCGUGCUUGUAAAAAAAAAACAAUUUUCUGAAAUUUUUUAUGCACCAAUAUUUCUAUAUAAUUCAUUAAACUAUUGCACGGUGUUGCAAGAUUAUGCCCAACUUCCCUAACUUGAGAACUCCAUAAGAAUAUUAUUAUAUUAUGCGAUGUAGAAUAUUGCUGGAAUUCGAAUAGGUAUGAAAUAACUCUCCAGACUAUUUUGUCUAGCCAUGUUACGUCUUUGAGAAAAUAUCUUAAUAUAUUGGAGGGUAUCUCACUUAAAUUACCUGAAGACAGUCUGAGAAAAUUGUCUUAAAUGACUCCAAUUAACCUGGAAAACGUCACAAAGAAGUAAAUUUUAAAUACUAAUCUUCAAAAUCCCAAAAUAUCUAUAUUACAAAACCAUAAAUUUUACCACAAUAUUAUUGUUAUAAAUCGAAAGUCAUAUUUUAACCGGUUUUUUCCACAUUAUGCUAAUUUGCAGUAUCAUCUAAACAACGUUGCCCUCGAAAAUCAUUAAUCUCAAUUUUGACCCGAGAAGUCACACUAUUACAGAAGAAAUUUUCGUUAUCAUCACACAAACAAAAAUGUUAAAUUGCAAAUCAUUUCGGGAGCUGAUGAAAUUUUUCAAAAUAAAUUUAAGAGCCCCAAUAAUAAUUUCUUAGUUUAAUAUAAUAAAAGCUUCAAGAAUUUUGAUGAUAAGUAUACAAAAGUGUGGCACUCUUAAGUAUGAAUUAACGUAAUAGUUUAGUAUAAAAUGUGACUUUUAAAAUAGUAACUUUGCAUUAUUAAUUUUGUUCCUCAUUAUAAAGAUUGUCUAAAAAUCAUGGCUGAAAACGUUAUAACAACAAGAUCCCUUGGUGCCGCAGUGGAAGGCGUCAAAGACCAAUACGCCGAUGGAAAAGCCGCCAAAGUUUGGGAAGUUUUCAUUGGCGACAAAAAUUCCAGGACGCAAAACUACAAAAACUUUUUGGUCGGCAUGUUGAGAGAAAAGGGCUGCAAAAGGGUGUUGGACGUUGCUUGUGGUACCGGAAUCGACUCGAUAAUGCUGGUGGAAGAAGGUUUUGAGGUGGUUUCCGUAGAUGCUUCUGAUAAAAUGUUGAAGUAUGCUCUGAAGUCCAGGUGGAAUAAGAGGAAGGAUGCUGCUUUUGAUAAAUGGAUUAUUGAAGAAGCAAAUUGGCUGACACUCUACGACGACAUUGAAGAUUUAGUAGGCGAAGGAUUUGAUGCUGUCAUUUGCUUGGGUAACUCUUUCGCCCAUUUAUUGGACAACUAUGGCGACCAAAGGGAACAAAAACAAGCCUUAAGGAAUUUCGAAAAAUGCGUCAAACCAGGUGGAUUUUUGUUAAUCGACCACAGAAAUUACGAUGACAUUAUUAACAGUGGCUCUACAGCUUCAAAAAGCAUUUAUUACAAUCCUACUCAUACAACAGACAUCAGAACAUCAGUAUUGUACGUCAGUGGAAAGCCAGCUUUAGUCAGCUUAGAUUAUUUAAUCGAUUUAAGUUCAGACAAAGAACAAAAGGAUUUGAUUGGCUGCGAAGACACCAUUAGUGAAUUCCGCUUGUCCUACUACCCUCACCGUUUGAAAAUCUUCACCGCCAUGUUGGAACAAGCCUUCGGAGAAAAUUCCAAAUUCCGAAUAUUUGGAGAUUUUAAAACGCUGGACGAAAUCGACAUUCCGAAUUUCUACAUUCAUGUAAUUGAAAAAUCUAGUACCCAUUUUUAGAUUAUUAGUUGUUAAUUGUUGUAAAUAUAUUUAAUUUAUUUUUUUAUAAAUAUUGUUUUUGUUUAAUAUGAAGCGCCAUCUAUUAGAAGCGUAUUGUACGAUUACCGAUUACAGUUUUCUACUUGUUGAAUGACUGAGGUACUUAAGUUAACUUUGAUUCAAUCAAUACAGAUGGCUUAUAUUACAAUAUAUUUAUUUUCAAUUAUUGCGUAAAAGCAUCUCACGACUGAAUUGGUCAAAUGGGACAAAUUGGUAUUAGAUGGAAUGUGUGUACUUUUCUCACGUAAAUCAAUUUAAUUUGAAGUAGUAAAACCGAGCAAUUUGAGGUUAAAUGUCUAAAAGAGAAUAAUUGAAUUUAGAAAUAAAAAUGUAAUUAUUGCAUUAUUGGGUUUUAAUGGAAGUUAAUUUGUUUUUUAUUUGAGACUCGCCCUGAAUUUUUUAAAUGCUUUUUGAAAUAAAAGAAUUAUUAACAAUUAUUUGUUGCUUGUAUUAUUGAUUAAAAUGAUUUUUAUUCAAUUGAUAAGCAAAGUAAAUUUGAAAAAUUC